AGUGAUUUUGAUAAUGCCAAUUUCCAAGUGCACGCCUUUUGUCUCGAGUGUAGCGGCAACAACAACUCCCGCUGGAUGCUCCGCGCUGCCGGCGCCGACUGCGCUGCCUUUCACCCAUAUAAAUUUCUUUUCAUUGCAAAUUUUUUGCCAUUCGUCGGCGCAUUGUCAAACCUUUCAGUCGCAUUUGGAGCAGAGCUUUUCGAGAUUCUUCACAUCUGAGCGACCAGAGCUGCAAAGGCCUCAGAAGUAACAAUAAAAACACAAUAAAAAACAAAGCGAAGACGACAAUUCGAAUUGCACAAAUCGGAUGCGAGCGCGCGUGUGUUGGUGUCCAUUCAUUCAUUCAGUCGACGACAGUAAAAAGCGAACGAAGUACGAAAUGCAGGCGCCGCAGUUGCAGUCGGCGUCGCAGUAGGCGUCAGCGGAGGCAGGAGCAGAGUCAGGGGCAGAGGCAGAGGCAGAGGAGGCGGCAGAGACUGGGCAGCAGGGGCGGCGAACAGUAGCAGCAUCGCAGUCCGAAAGAAAGAGAGAUCGUUUUUCAUAUGCGAAUCGAAACUCGAAGAGCGCGCAUCAAAGUCAGAUUCAAACGGCGCAAGAGCAGCGGACAAAAGCGUAUUGUUUUGUGUGCAUAAUUCGAGGAAAAUAGCCGAAAGCAAUAAAGCAGUCAUAAAGAGGAAAUUAAAGCCUUGCCAGAGCGUAAUUGAAAUCGAAUUAAAGGCGGGCCGUGCAAAAAGUACACGCAAAAGCGGGGCCAUAAAAAAGAAAUUAUGCUCCAUUGUGCGGCUGUGUGAGAGGUCAAGUGCCCGGCAGGCCAGGGAGCGAAAGAGACAGCUGGCUCAGUGGUAAUAGGCAAACGAAUGAACUCGUAAGGGGCAGCCCGAGAAGAAGAAGAGCAGGCCCAGCCCAAAUGACCGCAAGAACACCGUUAGUUCGAACAGCUUCAGCGGCACUGCGAGCGCCCAAACAGUGCACUUAGUCCACGGACAGACAGAGAGAGAAAAACUUUCUUCUUCGGCGAGCAACUAGUGUGAGCUGCGGCCGCGUAAAAGUUUGCUACUAUUUCAAUUUCAAUUGUUAACGAGCGAAAGCGCCGCCCGUCACGUCACGCACAGAGCGGCGGAGGCACAUCGACCAGCAGCAGGAAAAGUGCAGCAAGGCAGCAAGGCAGCGAAAAUGCCCGAGUCGCAGCAGAGACAGCGCCUCCAUCUCCGCGGCCAUCGCCAGCCCCCCGCCCUGAGAGCCACCCAAACGCAGACCCACAGAUCUAGCCAGACUCUAAGCCAGAUCAGGCGAUGCAGCUACAACCACAGCCCCGGCCUGAGCCUCAGUCUCCGCCUAAGCCCCUGUCCCAGUGGCCCCCGGAGCCAGCGACAGCUGUUUGGCGCACUGCUGGCCAUGUUCACGUUGGCGGCAUUAGCGUCAAGCACCAAUGGCGCUGUGACAGACUCCCCCAUCAAGAUCAUCCGACUGCCGGCGCAGGCGCCAGUUAUCCGCUAUCGCAGCGCGGAUGCGGCGCCGGACUCUCUGCUGAUCAACUACCGCCAGGAUGCCCAGCCCGAGUUGUCCGCCUCGUUGAUGCAGGCCCCUGGAGCGGCGGCGGCCGCCCUGGAGUCCCUGCUCCGCGAGGAGACGGAGCAGCAGCAGUUGGCCCAGAUGGGCAGGCGGAACCGGGCCAGUUCCACGACCACCGGCAACUGUCCCCGAUCAUGUCCUCCUAGCAUUACCGUGGGAGCUGAGCCCGUGUGCGGCAGUGAUGGCCUGAUCUACGCCAAUCUCUGCGAGCUGCGCAAGAAGACCUGCUCCCGCAGCGGAGUCUCCCUGAUCAAGGACGUCCGCGAUGGCUGCGAGCGGUCCAAGGGAUCGGACUGCAAGCACCGCUGCAGCGCGGAGAAGGAUCCGGUGUGCGGAACGGAUGGCAGGACGUACUUGAAUCGCUGCAUGCUGAGGGUGCAGUCCUGUCGCGUGGGACUGGCAGCCGUGAAGCUCUCGCACGUGGGUCCCUGCAGCAAUACGAGUGCCGUGCGGGAGUCCUGUCCGGUGGACUGCAACAGUGCGCCCAAGGAUGGACCGGUGUGCUCUUCGGAUGGCAAUGUGUACAACUCCACGUGCGAGAUGAAGCUGCAUACGUGUGGACAGGGUGUGGUGAAGACGAGCAGGAAGCACUGCCAGUCCACCAGGAUGUGCAGGGAGUCCUGCUGGCGGGUGGCCAGGCCCACUUGCGGCUCCGACGGACGCCUGUAUGCGAGUCCCUGCAAGAUGCGCUCCUCGAAUUGUGGCAAGCACGUCUUCGAGGUGCCCCUGUCCUUCUGCAUGCCGCAGGAGAGGCACGGCAGUGCCUCCGAUGCCUGUCCCACCGAGUGUCCCAAGUCGGAGGCCGAUUCCUCCUCGCAGUAUGUGUGCGGCAGCGAUGGCAACAUAUACUCCUCACUCUGCGAACUGAAAAUGCUCAACUGCGGCCCCCAGCGCAAGUCCAUCCAAAAGGUGAGCAUGGACAAGUGCAAGAACCGACUGACUCGCUGCAAGCAGCUGCCUCCUUGCAAGGAUUUCAACAGCCUGUUCGGUUCCAUCUUCAGCUCGAAGCGCAACGACAAGCUCUGCGGAACGGAUGCGAAGACCUACAACAAUGAGUGCGAACUGGCCCAUGCCACCUGCCUACGCGGCGUGAAUCUGGCCCACAUCGGACCCUGCACGGAUCUCAACUCGCCCACCAAGGAUUGCGGAGAUGCCUGCACCCGGGCGGACCUGGAGCAGCAGCCGGUGUGUGGCUCGGACGGCAACACCUUCGCCUCCAUGUGCGAGUUCAAGCGGCGCACUUGUAAUCUCCGCGUGGUGCCCGUUUCGCUGAAGAACUGCGCCCUGACCGCAGACUGUGAGUCGGAUUGCGAUGCCCAGCCGCCGAGCUUCGUCUGUGGAUCGGACAACAACCUGUACAAGUCCGAGUGCCACAUGCGCAAGGAGAACUGCGGCAAGCACGUGUUUGUGGUGCCUCUCAAGCGCUGCCUGGCCGCAUUCCAGCUGAAGGGAUGUGCCCGCAUCUGCCCCAGAGAAUUCGAGCCCGUCUGCGGCAGCGACAAUAAAACCUAUCUGAACGACUGCUUCCUGGAGAUCGAGAACUGCAGGGCGAACCAGACGGUCAACGUCAACUACUACGGCGCCUGUGGCCGCCCCGAAGCACCAUCCACCAACUUCCUGUACUAGGAUGUGCAUGCGUGGCGCCUUCAUUUCACUUGGCAUUUAAUAUUUGUAGGCUAUAGUCUUGUAUUGUACUUUUUUAAAAGCGAUAUUUAUUGAGUUUGAAUUAAAGCCCCCAACGAACUUA